AUGCUACUGCUCGGUCUUACUCUCCUCUGCCUCAUUGGCAGCUCUUUCAGUGCUGCUGUUCCACUGCAUGACAUUUUGGGAUCCGGGUCCACCAGAAACAAGCUGCUGCUCAUCUCCUUCGAUGGUUUCCGCUGGGACUACGACAGAGAUGUGGACACCCCUCACCUGGAUAAGAUGGCCCAGGACGGAGUGAAGGCAAAAUACGUCACGCCACCCUUCCUCACCAUCACCAGCCCCACACACUUUACCCUGCUCACAGGACGUUACAUCGAGAAUCACGGAGUAAUCCAUAACAUGUGGUUCAACACCACCACUCAGGAGAAGAAGCAGUACUACAUGACUCAGUUUGUUGAUUCCUACUGGGACAAUGGCAGCUUACCCAUCUGGAUCACAGCACAGAGACAGGGUCUAAAAGCAGGUUCUCUGCAUUUCCCUGGUACAGCAGCCACCUACAGAGAGGAGAUUGUGAGGGUUAGGCAAGUAGAACCUCGUUUCUAUGAUCAUUCUAAUGAGACAGAUUGGAGAUUGAACAUCGACAAGGUGAUUGGAGAGUGGUUCCACCAACAGGACCUGGACUUUGUCUCCUUGUACUUUGGAGAACCAGACAAGGCUGGGCAUAAAUACGGACCAGAUUCCCCAGAACGCCGUGCAAUGGUCCAACAAGUGGACCGUACUGUGGGUUACAUACGGGACAAGAUCCAAGAACACGGCCUUACUAAUCGACUCAACAUUAUCAUCACUGCUGACCACGGAAUGACUACAGUUCUACGGAAUGGACUUGUUGAGGAGAUCAUCCUCUCAAAGAUCCCUGGCUUCAGCUUCAGGGAUAUCAAGUUUCAUCUGGUGGACUAUGGUCCAGUUGGGAUGCUGCUUCCUAAAGAGGGGAUGCUUGAAAAGGUCUACCAGGCUCUAAAAGGAGGCCACCCUCAUCUUCAUGUGUAUAAGAAGGAGGAGAUGCCAGCUAGACUGCACUACAGUGACCAUCCUAGACUCCUACCCAUCAUCCUCUUUGCUGAUCCUGGAUAUGUAAUCAAUGGGUUGUUUCCUGUCCAGUUCAACAAAGGAGAGCAUGGCUUUGACAAUCAAGUGAUGGACAUGAAGCCUUUCUUCAGGGCGGUGGGGCCCGAUUUUCAGAAAAACCUGGUGUCCAGGCCCUUUGAGACAAUUAAUGUGUACCCACUGAUGUGCCAUCUCCUUAAGAUAAAUCCAGAGAUCAACGAUGGACACUUAGACAAUACCAAACACAUGCUGGUCCCCAAGAAAAACACAGAUGGCAACAACAAAACUCCAGAAAUCAGUACCCACUUCCAAGCUGUUGUCGGCUUAUCAGCAGUGACUGGGUUUCUUGUACUGGUGUUCAUAGUGACCGCUUCCUACACUUCGUGUAAAAGGAACAGAGCAGAGAAACGCUACAACCUGGAAAAUGCUGCUGGGGCAGGGCAUGACUUCCGGGUGCUGGAGCGCGGAACACUUUUACUCACCUGCGCCUUAUCUGCAAUCAUCUCCCAUUGCUUAAAUACUCCGGCUUCACCUUCCAUCGGCGACAGAUUGUUGCCAACUUCACAGGUGUGCCUCCCGUCUUCAAGCUCCAGCACCUCACUGCCCAGCUCCUCGUUGUCGUGCUCGGCCCUUCGCCUCACCCACCUCCUCAGAAUCUCCACCACCUUCCACCUCACCAGCCUCACCUGCCACCGCUGCCCACACGAUCCCUGGCUCCAUUCCCCCACUGCCAUUCCCUUCCUCAACAUUACCUUCAUUAAACACUUUGUAAAUUGUUCCCUCAACCUUCGGACACGAGGAAAGAAGCACAAGGAGCAUGGUGGACACAAGGAGAGCUCGGGGAGCAAGGCACAAGAAGAGAUGCGAGCGAGACACAGGAGGAGCAUGAAGAGUGACAGUAUGGUGGAGGCAUUAGAAGAAUGA